AUGGACUCACCAAACCGGCCCACGCCGCCCAUCCAUCACCUCUCCCUCAAGCUCAUUCUCAUUCCGCCCAUCCUCCUGGCCAUUGCGACAGCCCUCAGUCUCUUCAUCCACUCCGACACCAACUUGUACAUGCUCUACUCGCAAUGUCACUCCCACGCCCGCAUCGACUGGCUUUCGCGCAUCCCCCUCAUAGGCCCUCUCGCCUGCUUUCUUGUGUCCUUCUUCCAGGAAGCCCUCCUCUCGCCGGUUCGUUCCAAGGGCAUCAUGUCCGUGGUCCUCAGCUACGUCGCCGGUCUGCUGACCAUCACCACGGUCGAGGGCUCGCGUCUCUGCAACAAAUCCGCCUUUCUCCUCGCCUUCCCCACCGCUACAUGGCUCAUCUUUGACCUUGUCGGUGGCGCUCUAGUAUGGGAACUCGUCAUCAUACCGGCUUUCUUCCACCGCGCAAAGACCGUUAUUCAAGCCCGUCGCCAGGGAACCACCACCUCCGAAGGUGAAGCAGCCGCCGAACCCGAGCUCGUCCUUGGCGACCCGCGCCACUUGUCUACCCUCGCCGAGUCACUUUCGAUCCCCGUGUCAAUCGCAAUUGGCUAUAUCCUCCCCUCCUUGCUUAUCCUGCUGCUUCCCUCGGACAAGACCGCCGUACCGAUCUUCCUCUGGCUCUUCUUCCCCGUCUGGGUCUCCCUUCUCCACCAGGGCGUGCGCACCGGGUUUCUGCAGGUGUUCAAAGAUCACCCCACUUGGCCGAGACCCUUUCACUUGGAAACCUCCCUCCUGCCGCUGGUGACCACUUACGCUGCGCCCAUCCUUUUGUCGCUGGCUUCGCAUAUCUACCUUAUCGUUACACUCUUCACCCACCCGCGCGAUGAUCGGCAGGAAAUGACGCUUGCUACCACGCGAUUCAUCAUGGUAAACAUGGUCUACGUUGGCCUGACGGUGUUGUACUGGGCGUUUAUCGAGGCUGGAUGGCAGACUGCGCUGGUGAUGCUGGUGACUACGGUGCUGGCGGGACCCGGCGCGGGUGUCUGUGUUGGUUGGGUCUGGAGAGAGAGUGCGGUCGGGGUCGAUUGGAUUGGGCGGAGGUUCGGACGGAGGGGUAGUGUCAUUGCUGUUGCGGUGGGCGGAACCGGGUCGAGGGGGGGAAGUGGUGACCGCGGAGAGGAGGGUCGCGAGGGUGGGAAUGCGCCGUCGGAGGAGACGCCGCUUUUGCGAUAA